GCGUGCGCGAUCGCGUGUGCGCGCGCACGCGCGCGCGCGCACCUACAUCCUACAUAUACACCUGUGCGCGAUCUGGCGCGAUCGUCCGUCGCCGGUCGCGUUCGCGCGAUUCACAUCGCGCAUGAGCGGCCCUCUCCUUGAAUCUCUCGUUGAAUUUAAGCGAAUUUUGUCGUCCUCGCACCUCUCCGUGCGCAAUCGAGACAGAGUUCACCGUCGCGCGGAGGAGAAGCUUCGAGAUGAGAAUUGUUCACCUGUUUAUCGUCCUCGUGCUCUCGUGUGCGACGACUAUUUGCAUUCUGAUUAUGCUCGCGACGUUAUGCACGUACACCCACUCGAAGUUGCGUAUACCUAAAACGCGUAACAGGAUUAUUUACAUCUGAUUAUGCGCUCUCUAAUGCGCCUCGUCGAAAUUCUAGGCACUCCGCACCUGUUCCUGCGCUUUCGAAAAAUCCGUACACCGUGCGUGGCUCUUCAAUGAAUAAUAAUGAACGAAUCAGCGAAUGGUGUGGGGCUAAUUAAUCUAAUUUUAUUAAUUUAAUUUCUCAAUUAUCAUUGAAAUUAUAAUUUAAUUGGGAUUAGUACGAGACAAGAAUUUGAUAAAAAUGACAGGCGUAAAAAUGGCGCGGGCAUUUAUCGGCCGAUACUUGACAGCUAUUGAAUGUCAUGUGCGUCAAGUCUGUUCGUUUUGAUUGCACCUCGUCUCUCUGAAUCUCGCUCUUUGGCCGAUAUUCAUAUAACCUAUUCUUAUUUAAUAAGUACCAUCUUAAUAAUAAGAUAUUUUGAUUAACCUAAUUGGCCGAUUAAAUUCAUGAAUUAUCCAUUAUAUUAUUGUCUACAGCUAAACUUUUAAUUUGCAUCACUGUCUAUCAAAUAUUAACCAUCAAUCUACUAAUUAGAUUAAAUAAUCUUAAUUCAACUUAUUUUUUACUUUCUUCUAGAGUUUUAAGAAUUAGAAAAAAAGAGUAAAUUAAAUGAGAUUAAUAUUAAUUGACACUGAUAGAAAACGAUGACAGAAGAAAAGGAACAGAAAGGUUUGAAGUGUAGAUUAAAAGUGCAGACCAGUGCAAACUUCAUGCCUUCAUGCCUAUGCUGACGAUGUGUUGACACGCGCAUCUGACUGUCAAAAUGUAUUGCUUAAAUUCGGUGUCUCGCGUAUCGAGAUGCGUCUUAUCAAAUAUUAAUUUUACUCGCUUGACAGCGAAUAUUCGACAUAAUGUACACGUCUAUAAAAAUGUCCUUGUUAAAUCCCCGCGACUUAGCACAAGGUUAGAAAGGUACCGUUUCAAUGAUCGGCACAAGCCUCAGGAGAGAAAAUCCAAGAUGCUCCUCGCUGUAUCCUUGACUACUUUAAUUUUUAACUAUGUUUUUGAUAUCGAGGAUACCGACAAGGAUGUUCCGGAAGUUAUUAUGACAAUCAAGCGAUCUGUAUUGUUGAUACAGAAGGGAGAAUACGAGAGGGCAGAGCAAAUGUUGCAUCUGGCGUUGCGUCAGGCACAAACCAUACAGCAUUACGAUGCUGUCACAUACAUUUACGACGUAAUGGCUAAUCUUGCCUUUGACACUGGAAACUAUCGUAAAGCGGAAAAUUUGUUUGUAUCAGUUUUGCAAAGACUAAUGUUAAAAGGAGCCACGGAGGAUGACAUGCAAGUCAUCCAUAUAAGUCUUAAGAUGGCUAAAGUGUUUGAACAUUUAAAUGAACCAAAGAAAGCAGAACAAGGCUAUAAAUUUUGUAUGCAGAAUUUAAAAUCACAUAUUGAAAAAGAUCCUGAUAAUAAGGAUGCUGCAUUGCUACAGGGUAUGGUCUUUGAUUGGUAUGCACGAAUGCUACUUUCCCAGUCUCGACAUACCGAAGCUUUUAACUAUUUUCUUCAGGCUUAUGAUAUAUGUAAAAAGUUAAAUGGUGAAGAACACGAACAGACUGUCGUUUUGCUGAACGAUUUGGGAACGAUUUGUUGUAUACAAGGAGAAUAUGAUGAAGCUAUUAAAUACUUGUCUGCUGCAGCAAAAAUAGGGGAUAACUUGCCCGAUAUGAUUGACUUGGGCUCAAUUCACGUGAAUUUAGGAAAUGUGCUUUUGAAAAAAGGUUUAUAUGACGAAGCCAAAAAAUCUUGUCAACGAGGAAGAAAAAUAGCUAAAAGUAGAGACGACAAUGAUUCUUUGUUAGAAGCCAAUGAAUGCCUCAAGGAAGUAAAGAGAUUAUUGUCGUUGUAAAUUCUUGUGAUUAUCUUGGACAUACCUUAGUUAAAAAUAUGUAUAUUUGUGUGAAAAUGUCACUUGUAAAUAUAUGUAAAAAAUAUUUAAAAUUAUUUAAAGAAUUUAAUGAAUUUUAAUGAUUUCAACAAAGGAUCAAAUUUAGAAACUUUUUAAUAAAAACGGACUAGUCAUUGAUGUAAGUUUUACCUCUGACAUGUAAUUAUGAUUUAAUAUUAUGUGUAUAAAUAAAUAAUCCAAAUUUUUUUUUAAACUAAAAUUUAAAAUUAAUUUUUGUGUUCUUUUUACAAGUAUUGUUGACAUACAGUUAAACAAAAAAUAGCACUAAGAAUCAUAACAAAAAAAAUUUAAACAAUAAAACUUGAGCAGUAAGCGAAUUAGCCAAUGAUAGUUAAGAAUUUAAGGCAUAAUGUAGAUGGUAGCAAAUCCAAACUGUUUAUUUCCUUACAUCUUAAUAUAUAAGUUUUUUUUUGUCAUGAUCCUUAUUUCGAUCGAUGCAACACCCUUGUUUGAUACGCAUUUUCAAUCCAAGUGAAUAAGAUCCAAAAAUGACGACUUUAUUGCGUCCAAAAACAUCGCAUUUGUCCAAGAUGGAAUUCAUAAGCUACCCGAAAGAUAGCUUAAAAUGUUUAACCACUGAAAGCAACAAUGAAUACUUUGAUUAAAAAA